AUGGCUACUGCACAGCACCAGCAGUCCAGCACCGGCACGGACGUGGGCGCCGCUCCAGGUCGGAAGCUGUCAGUCGAGCGCAUCGUCACGCACGCACGCGACAUUCUUGAAGCUCACCUCACCUCACCUCACCGGCUCACCGCACCCCGUGUCAGUCUCCCACUCUCCCUCCUCGAGAUGCCGUUCCUGCCUCCACGUCGCAGUCCGCCCCAGCGACCUCUAUUAAACGGCAACACCUCAUGCUGCCCCGCUGCCACACCCCCCGCUUAUCAUGCGCUGGCGAAGGCGAUUGAGCGAGUUCAGCGGCUAAAAGAUUUCAGUUUUAUUUCCGGGAGAAUGCGGGGUGGCGGCGGUGCUUCCGGGCGUGCGUUUCGGGGCGUGGUGGAGGAGGAAGAAGAGGCGGUGGUUUCGGCGCCGGAGCGGCCAAUGCAGCGGCGGCGGCGGAGGUGGGGAGCGGAGGUGGACGACGGCUACUCGCCGAGCUCCACGGGCGGCGGCGGGAGCAGCUGCUGCGAUUCCUUCGGCUGUGACUCGCCUUUGGCCGGGUUCGUGCGCCCAGAUGGUGACCCAGAUACAGAUCUGGAGACAGAUGGGCUGGCCACUUCCUCCUCCAGUGCCUUUACCGAGCGGCAGGACGACGAAGCGGAGGAGGUGCUGUGCGGGGUGAAGGAAGAGGAGUGGGCUCAGGUACAAGAACCGGCCAAGAAUCCGGCAGGCCGUGCCACCCCAGAAUGCCACAACCAGCGGUACCAGACGGAGGCUGCUGUUCUUUUGCAUGGUAGGAAGGGGUCGAAACAGCGGCCGGCCUCACUUGACCUCGGUAGCCCUGGGUACCAUGGAGCCACGUUUUCUCCAAGUUUCGUGAUUGGUGGCGUGGGGUUGAUGAACAAAGGACUUGGAGCAUCACUCAUCAGGUCAGACGUGCUUCAUAGUCCUGGGACGCCGAACUAUCCGCGGCACCGUGCAUCCGUGUUGGGGUGCCAGAAAGGGUGGAGCUCUGAGAGAGUUCCGCAUCCUUCUAAAGGAAGUAGGAGAUACCCAGGAAGCAACAUGGCAUUUCCUUACAGCAAUGGGAGGACAUUACCCUCGAAAUGGGAGGAUGCAGAGAGGUGGAUCUUCAGUCCCAAUUCCAGCGACGCGCUUGGAAGAACUACGGUUGCUCAUGCUCGGCGACCAAAGUCUAAAAGUGGCCCCCUGGGGCCUCCAGGAAGGAUUGGUGGACAGUAUUCAUCUGUUUCUUCGGUGUCAUUGCUUGAUAGUGGGAGAGCUGGGCCUAUUACAGCAAAUUCACCUUUCGUGGCAGGAGUACUAAUGCCGGAACAUGUUUGUGGAGGAAAAAAUACAAAUGGAACCUAUUCAGGUAGACCAAUUGGUGACGAAAUCAGCAUUGGAAGAGGAGUCAAGAUUUGUCCACAUGGUGGGUCUCUUCCUAUUCGAACUUCCAGAGUUCGCCAGCGAUUAGAUUAUGCAGUCGAAUCAUCUGCUUCAUUGCCUAGCACGCAAGAAUCUAUCCAAGACGAGCAGGUUGAAGUCACAGAAGAUUCAGCUUCUAUUGUCUCUAUAAUUUCUAGGAAAGAUGCUGCAACCCAGACCAGCCCAGAGCUAAGUAGGUCCUCUUCGCCCAACAAUAGACCAACAUUUAAUGGUUCCCUGUCAACAGAACAAGUGAAAGAUAGCGGGAGCUGUUCCUCAGAUCUUGAUAUCAGGGAUGUUCAGAUGGAUGAUCGAGUGACUCUGACUAGGUGGUCAAAGAAAAAUGUAACACGGUCAUCUAACAAGAAUUCAACAAACAUAAUAGAGUGGAAGGAAAAGACAGUGGAAUCAAAAUCUCCGUCCUGGGGCUUUGCCGAAGCGAAGUGCAUAUCUAAGAUUGAUAGAGAGGACACAAAAAUUACUGCAUGGGAGAAUAUUCAAAAAGCAAAAGCUGAGGCAGCAAUUCAGAAGUUAGUGAUUAAGCUCGAGAAGAAAAGAUCUUCUUCGCUGGAUAAGAUUUUGAACACCCUCAAGUCUGCUCAAAGAAAAGCCCAGGUGAUGCGUGAGCGUGAGCGUGAUGCAGUAACAGCAAACCAAGAUGGAAAAGGCUCUAGGAAGGCAAAAAAGAGAGCCCAGCUUAGCAAGAAUGGCCAAAUCAGUUCGCUGAGUGGCUGCUUCACUUGCCAUGCUUUCUGA